AUGGCGCGCCAGCUCGCGUGCGUCCGAAGCGUCUCGAUGUGGCGGCGGCUGCUCUCCGCCGAGGCGAGAGCCGUCGGUCGGCGCGUCGCGUCCGCGUCCUCCGCCGCGUCCGCGUCCGCCGCGCCGUCGUCGCCGUCGUCGAAAUCGUCGCGCCGGCAACAUCAUCAUCGACGUCAUGGUCAUCGUCAUCAUCCCCGAAGUAAUCUCGCGAGUAACAACGACGCGUCGCGCGUCGCGUGGACGACCGUCGCGCCACCGCGGGAGACGACGCGUCGCGACGUCUCGAGCACGACCGCGGCCGCGCACACCAACUACGACGACGACGCGCGCGACCUGGCGUACCCCGAGAUCGAGGGCGACCUGCGCGUCACGAGCACGGACAACGCGCAGGUGAAGCACUUCGCGAAGCUCGUGAAAAAUCGCGCGUAUCGCGACGAGAAACGAUCCGUCGUCGUCGCGGGCGGGGACCUCCUGACGGAGAUCUUCCAAGGCGCGGGCGGGGACCAGCUCCCGGACGCGGACGUGAUGUUCGCGCGCGACGACGUCGAGGAGCUGCCGAGGGGCGUCCGCGCGAGGGUCGUGAUUCGCGCGCCCGAGCACGUCGUGAAAAAAGCGUCGGGGCUGCGAUCCGCCGACGGCGUCGACUUCGUCGCGUCGCUCGCGAUGCCGUCGAUCGUCGGCGCCGGCGCGCUGACCGCGAGCUUCGACCCGAAGACGAAGCCGAUCAGGAGGGUCUUAGCCCUGGACGGGAUCCAAGACCCGGGCAACUUGGGCACGCUGGUGCGGACGUCGCUCGCGCUCGGGUGGGACGCCGUCGCGCUGCUGCCGGGGACGUGCGACCCGUUCAACGACAAGGUACGCUUCGCGUCGGACAAUGUCCGACGUUUUGUCCGACGUUUUUUUCCGACGACCACACCGCUCCGCGCGCUGCUUCCUGUCUCGCCCUCUUCGCCUUCCGCACGGUAUUUGUCACGCCGCGCACGCCGUCGUCGUGGCUUCGCGGUCCUCUGCGUUUACGCACCCGUGCGACACGAAUGCAUUUUCCGCGACCGUCGCUGA